AAUGCGGAAGCUGCUAUGAAUGGCUACAGCGCUAACUGGUAUUAGUGGUUUUAUUCGCUAUUAGAGCCACAGAUAUAUAAUAUAGACGCGUUUAAUUUAAUGCCGAGAACGUGGCUUCUGUAAUGCGUCGUUUGACAGUGCGUCCGUGUGAAAUUGGAUGUUAUGGCUUUCUAUUUUGUCCUAUAUUUUGGUAAACUGAGUGGCAAGCGUCAUGUCGGUUGCUAGCUAGCAAGUUAUCUUACAAACACACACACUCGUCCCUUUAAAGUGUCCCGUCAACCAGCAACAUGAAAGUGCGCUCGUCUGUUUUUGCCUCGUUCAUUUUAAUAUUUGAAGUGUUUGGCGUUGCCCUCUUCCUGCGGGGAUUUUUCCCAGUCCCUCUUAAGUCUUCCGUCUCAUCCAAGAACAAGCUGUCAGAUCUGCCAGCGGAGCCGCUGACAGGAAGCUCUCCCAACUCCUCUCGCCUCCCCCAGCCCCUUUUUAAGCGGGUGGUUAUAAUGCUAGUGGAUGCCCUCCGGGAGGACUUCGUGUUCGGACCCAACGGACACAGGUACAUGCCCUACACCAGGCACGUGGUGGAGAGAGGCUCCUCGCACAGCUUCGUGGCCAAGGCGAGACCCCCGACAGUCACCAUGCCCAGGAUCAAGGCUCUCACCACUGGCAGCAUCCCGGGCUUCAUUGACGUGGUGAUGAACCUGAACUCUCCGGCACUGCUGGAGGACAACCUGCUCUGGCAGGCCAAAACAGCGGGGAAGAAGAUGGUGUUCUACGGAGACGACACCUGGGUGCGCCUCUUCCCCAAACACUUCAUGGAGUACGACGGCACCACCUCCUUCUUUGUGUCCGACUACACCGAGGUUGACGACAAUGUGACCCGUCACUUGGAUAGCACCCUCAAGAGGGAUGACUGGGACAUUCUGAUCCUGCACUACCUGGGCCUGGACCACAUCGGGCACAUCAGCGGACCCCACAGCUCCCUCAUCCAGCCCAAGCUGCUGGAGAUGGACGACAUCCUGAAGAAGAUUCACAGUGCUCUCAUUUCAAAGGAGGCGGAGGGAUCCUUGCCCUACCUGCUGGUGCUGUGUGGGGACCACGGCAUGUCUGAGACCGGCAGCCACGGCGGCUCCUCCGAGCCAGAGGUCAAUACGCCUCUGGUGCUCAUAAGUCCGGCCUUCAAAAGAAAAGUGGGAAUGGAGAAGCCCGGAGUGGUGGAGCAGGUUGACCUGACUCCAACGCUGGCCCUGGGACUCGGCCUGCCCAUAUCUCAGAACAGCGUGGGCCGCAUCAUCCCGGGUGUCUUGGAGGAGACCUCACUCCGAGACCAGCUGCGCUACCUGCAUCUCAAUGGCCACCAGCUCAGCUGCCUGCUGAAAGACAGCACGCCCGACUAUGAGAAAGAGGCAGGCUUUGAGCAGUUCCGCAUGGCAGAGAAGGCUCAUGGGAGCUGGAUGAAGCUCUUCCUGGAGGGCAACACCUCCGAGGUGCUCACCAACAUGGGCAACAAGGUCCUGAAGCAGUACCUGGAGGCCCUGGCCGCCAUGAGCUCGGCCCUAAGCAAGCAGCUGGGCAAGUACGACAUGUACUCCAUGGUCGCAGGCACGGUGUUUGUGUUCCAGCUCCUGCUGGUCCUGCUGCUGGCGAUGCCUGAAGCCCUCAGUGGCGAGGCGACCGUGGACCUCCCCGUCCUCUCGGCCCUGCUCUCCCUGCCUUUCUACCUCCUGUGCCUGCUGCUCGCCUCGGUGCACGUCUUGGUGUGCACCUCUGCCGAGAGCUCCUGUUACUUCUGCAGCCUCUCCUGGGGUCUCGUGUUCGCCGCCGUCGCCUUCUCCUCGGCGAUGUUUUGUAUUCUGGUCUCCAUGGCGAUGCGGCGACUCCCCCUGGGACCGAAGAUUCACGGGAAGUCUCCAUCAAGGAGCGGCGGCAGUGAGUGGUCCCUGUCGGAGCUGGACGUGUUGCUUCUGGCCGGCACGGUCGGACACACCCUCAGCUUGGCGGCGAGCAGCUUCGUAGAGGAGGAGCACCAAACCUGGUAUUUCCUGCUCAGCACCCUCUGCCUCGCCGUCUUCCAAGACGUGUGCCGCAAGUACUUCAGAGAGCAGAGGGGCCCUGGAGAUGAGGAGGAGCCCAUCCUCCCUUCCAAAGACUGCCAUCCCUCUGCUCACCCCAGGGCAGAGGUUUGCUCCGAGAGGUGGCUAGCGUUAGCCACGCCGCCCUUCACUCUGCUCUGCUGCCGACUGCUGCGCUCCCUCAACCAGACCGGGGUGCAGUGGGCUCAUCGUCCCGACAUGGGACACUGGCUUAACAGCUCCGAGCACAGGACGGUGCUCUCCCUGCUGGCUGCUUUCUGCCUGCUUCUCAUCUACCUCCUGGUUCAAAGACGCUGUUCGUGGGUCUCUAAGGUCGCCCUCGCCCUCGGACUCCUGGGUGUCUACAGCUACCGGGCAGCUGUCGGCAAUGUGUUGUUUCCCUGGCAACACUCUGGUCGAACUACGUCCAAGGGAACAAUGGAGGCCCGCUUUGUCUACGUCUUCAUCUUGGGCAUCUUCUUCACCGGCACCAAAGACCUGUUGCGAUCCCAGAUCGUCUCAGCCGAUGCCAAGCUGAAGAGCAGGGGCUUGUGGGAGAUUUACAGCGGCUUGGUCUUGUUGGUUUCGCUGCUGUUUCGCCCUCACAACCUGCCGGUCCUGUGCUGCUGCCUGUUGAUCCAGACGCUCAUGGCUCAGUUCAUCUGGAAGAAGCUCCACUACGACGCAGCCCAAACCACCAUCAUGCACUACUGGUUUGGUCAGGCCUUCUUUUACUUCCAGGGCAAUUCCAACAACAUCGCCACCGUCGACAUUUCCGUCGGCUUCGUCGGACUGGAGAGUUACGUGGAGGCACCUGCCGUCUUCUUAACGGCCCUCAGCACUUACGCGGGGCCCCUGCUCUGGGCGUGUCACCUCGUCUGCUACCUCAGCUCACAGAGAGACCGGAGCCCAGUUGCAGUCGGCCACGGCUGCUACUGUCUGGCCCUGCUGCGGUCGGUGCCAGCCGCCGCCUACAUUGUGCUGGUGACGACUCUGCGGUACCAUCUCUUCAUAUGGAGCGUCUUUUCGCCCAAGUUGCUGUAUGAGUCCAUGCACCUGCUGCUGACUGCGGGAGUCUGUCUCUUCUUCAACACCAUGGAGCAAAGCCACAGCUCCAGUAAGUCUUAGUGGGGCCACGGAGACGCAGGUCCCUCCCCGAGGGGGGGAGUCAGAGGGUCGGGCCUUGUUCUUAGUACUCUGUGUGUAAGACUCUAAGACUGAUGCACACUGCGAUACGCUUCCCCUCGCUCCGUAGUGUGCUGCUUCACAAAGGCUCCCCUCCUUUGCUCUCUGUAGGUUUGCAGGAAAUACUUUAAGAAUGCACUUACAAUGUAUUUUUUCAGCCCUGUAUUUAAAUAUUUCAUUCUUUACAAGGAAAAAAAAAAAUGUUUUUGGAUGAAUAAAAGUGAAAAGACAUGAAGAAGGUUUUUGAAAGAGAAAAACCUUUAUUUUACGUAUACAUGCAGCGUAUUACCUCAGGGACUGCUGUGCAGAUGUUUUGGCUACAUGUAUAAUUGAGUAGUGGGAGAACAUCAUGUGUUCACGUUGAGUGUAAACAUGUGGUGCUCGUUAACGGCUCAGUGAAGACCUGCAUCCUCACAGGUGCUUUCAAUUGUUCCGGCUGAUUAGAAACCACUGCCUGCGUGUGGAAGUGACACGGGAAGCCGUGUACGAGUGUACUCGACUCGACUGCAUUGGAAGGUGGCGUUUGUCACAUUUUGACUCAAAUAAGCAAAAGCACAGAUGGUAAUAAUACAAUAAAUCAGGGCUCAGUUCCUGCAUUGUGCCACUCCGUCAUGACGUACUGGUUAUUUGUAACACUCGUAAGGUGCAAAAUGUCUGCUGUGACAUCGGGUCUGUGGACUAAUUACAAAGUUGUCCAGGUACCACAAAGCUAACAGAUCCCAAUCAAGCGGAGUGUGUCCCUGCCCACACGGUCCUGAGAGGAGGUCUAAUCAGGCCACGCGAGGGAAAGCACUUUGUGUGGGUGUAACAUGGAGGUGGUGGGGGGUUUGAUACGGGGAGUUUUGUUUCUCUUCACUACAUUUUAAUUGAUGUCUUUUUUUUAUUCGUUUGACUUUUUCCUUAAUGUUUAUUAUCCUUACCAGCCGCAUCAGCAUGUGUCUGGUGGUGUUUUCACCGUGUGUGUCGUCAUGGUUAAACGUGGUCCUGGAGACACCGACUGUAGCCGGAAACUAGCACAGAAGAGGUUUGGAGUCAUUUGUUUUUUUUUUAUGUCCGUCUGUCUGCCAGUAGACAUGAUGGCAUCGCUAACGUGCAAGAUGGUCACAAAUGUUUACAGGUGUGUGUCGUUGAGAUCAAAUGAAAGUGACGUUCAAGUCUGGUUUGGCGUCGCGGUCCCAUCGCUUGAUGGUCCCUAGUUCUCUGGUUCAUUUUCUCCAGCUCCAACUGACAUUUUAUUUAUUCAGUAGCAAUUCCAGUGUCUCUGCAAGCAUCUCUAAUGCAGUGUAACGUCAUCUAGAGGUCUGCAGCCCAUCAGGAACACCAGACACACGUUCUUUUUACAUUCAACACUUUGAUCUCGAUAUCUCUCACUAAGAGUUUAGCCGUAGUUGUGUUAGUGUGAGGUUGCAUGGAGGAAACACCAUUGAAUGCCAUGUAACUAGCCAGUGUUUAAAUCACCGCCAUAAAUACAUUUUCAUUCAUCUACUGAAGUUUAAAGAAGACGUGAACAAAUUCAGCACACUUAGUUUUCUCUUUCCCCCACAUUGCUCAAUAGAAAGUACAGUUCUACACUACAGGACAACAUGCGUGAGUCUUUGUAGUCAGACGAUCCUAAAGUUCUUCUGCGGGAGCGUAAUUCGCCCUCAUAUCCAGCUGCAUCUUUCUGAUUAUGCGUUACACUUUGGAUGUACAGGUUCUAUAAUUCUCCAGAGUCUGGCAGCGCGCUGCAGACUGAUAAACUUCUAGCACCAAAGUAAAGCUCGCAAGCUGGCUGUCGUCCAAAACAAGAGUAUGGAGCCAAAGAGAGCAAGCGGUGUGUUGCUGCUGUGGUCCUCACGGAGCACACUGAAUUACUACGUAGCGUCGCUCGGCCUCCAUGUUGAAAGUCAAAUAACAACCUGGAAAUAAGCAGCAGUUCCUGUGGAUGUAAGUCUCCCGUACGUCACAAACCCAACUGCUUCUGUGACAUCGUGUUUGCUCAUGUUAUUUGUACCGCAGUGUUUUAUUGCAGCGGUGCGUUACAAAAUAAAAGCAAAGACCUCCAUUCCAGCAGCUGUUCUGCUGAGUUAUGGGGGGCUGUGAUGUCGAUGAACAGCUGUGACUACUUCAAAGCUGCCUCCUGAUUACAACAUGGCCAUUCUUCCAUCAUUACCCAACAUAAACCAGGUGGAAGAUUUAGUGAGUGUUAAAACACACACAGUGUGCAGCUUUUUACCUCAAGGCACAAAAAAAAGGGGAAUUGUAAGAUCCCGCCCCCAACACUUGUCACUCACCUUGAUGAGCUGUCUACCUUGAAACAGCAUCUCGCUCGGGGCUGAGAUCACUGACGUGCCCCCGAGGGGCCACGGGUGUCAGAGAAGCAGAUGCCAAACCGAGGAAGGAAAAAGUUUUUAAGAAUAAGAAUAAGCAAUGCUGGUGUUCAGUGUGUUUCUGAAUAGAUUCUGUCUGAUGCAAGACGAGCUUCACGCUGUGUUUUGCUGCCACUCACCUCUCGACGCUGGCUAUACCUACAGGAAACAGAAUUUAAAUGUACCGAACGUCAUUGAAGGAUUCCUUUGAAUACGCAGGGUCACUGACAGACGCACGCUGCAUAAGGAUCCCUUGCAGGUGAGCUGGUUUGCAUCAGAAGCAGCACUUUGAAGAUGAACACGACCCUUUUCUAAAUUGACAGCAUGGCGUUGGCGCGUGCCUUCUCCUCUCUCCAGUUGAGUCAGGAGUCGUACACAAAGUGUGAUGGAAAUAGUUUAAGGUUACGAUGCUUCACAUCAUAAUGUCUUUGCACAUCUUUAACCAACACAAUGGCGUCAUGGAAGCCCACUGUGUGGCUCUGAUGACGUACGAUACAGAACACGCGUUAUGGUUUCUUUCACUCUUCUGUGAUAGUAAUGUUUAAAGGCAAUCUAAAAUGUAGUGCACACGUCCUGUCAGACGGAGGCCUAUGUUCCGUUCUGAGAGGUAGACAUGAAUGAUGUCGGUGUUAUGGAGUACUCCGUGCUUUAGAUGAAGUGUUGGACACUCUGCAUCUCAUCAGCUGCUUUGCACCAAAGUGAAAACCUGUGACACCACUUUGGUUGUGUGGAGUUUGAGGAGCUCGUGAAGUACUUUGGGACUCUGAAUUGAUAAUAUCAUUACAGGGAUUAUUCGUCGCGGCGCUGGCAGCAGACUUGCCGACAGCAGCCAGAGACGUAAUUUGUUUUUGUUUUUUUGGGGCUUUCUGCUGAUGAAGUACGUGUCUAUAAGGGGAGGUUCUUUCUUUGUCCAUUCAUAGUCGUCUAUUCAUUCUAAACAAACCAGAAACUUCUUGAAAUACCUUCACACACAACGGCUAUUAGCAGUAUUAAAAACAAAAAAAAAAGAAGUUUUUAUUCAAACAAGUCACAGAAUAUCCCUUAAAAACAUGAAGGCUAGACAGGAAGUGGUGUCUGGGUCAAAGUCACUGUGACGAGCUCCAACGAAGAUGCUCAGCUCACAGAGGCGAAAUGUAAUCAUGAUAAUAACCCCUGUGUGUGUGUGUGUGUGUGUGUGUGUGUGUGUGUGUGUGUGUGUGUGUGUGUGUGUGUGUGUGUG